UUGAACGAACAGCUGAUUGUCAAUUUAAGAAGUAUAUGUGCACGAUGUUUAUGAUUUAAGUGCUGGCCGGUCUUCAAUUAAAAUUUUCUGAAUAAAAACCACUAACGGUCACGAUUACUAUGAACCCUUCUACCAGUCAACAAGUGCUCAGAUUAUACAAAAAUCUAUUGAGAUACGGCAAUCAGUUACAGUUAACCGACAAGUGGUAUUUCAUGAACAGAGUUCGGGACGAAUUCGAAGCGAAUAAAGGACUAACGUCAACUGAACAAAUCGAAUUCUCCAUUAAGAGAGGUGAGGCCGUUUUGAAGAACAAACGGAUCGUCUAGAGACCAAAAGAACCAUAUGAUGCAACGUUCGUUAUCAUUUCUACGACUGUCCAGUACGCAUACCAUUAACAGCCUGCGAUUAUUUGUUAGCAAAUCAACCACAAUAGACUUUUCCCGUGUACCAAAGUUAAACGACGAAGAUUUGGAGGAGCAGUUUGUUCGAGGGAGUGGACCUGGUGGUCAAGCGGUCAACAAAACUGCAAACUGUGUCAUUUUGAAACAUAAACCGACUGGCAUUCAAAUUAAAUGCCAUACGACACGAAUGCUCCACCAAAAUCGACAAGAAGCUCGUCGACUGCUGAUCGCCAGACUGGAUAAUCUUUGGAAUGGUGACGAUUCGGUGGAAGCACAGGAGAAGCGAAUUUUCGAAAAGAAACACACGGAAGCGAAUCGUCGACGACGGAAGUUGGAUGACAUGAAAAAGCGCUGGAUGGAACGGGAAAAAUUAGAUGAAACUUAGGAUGUAUGUGUGUAUGGUUAGCAGACUGUAGCGAGCAAAGACAUAAUAAAUGAAAAUGAAGUGCUAUUAUCGUU